AUUCAUAUAUGAAUCACCACGCAUUUUAUAUAUGCAUAUUGAAGACAUUCAACAUGAUAUAACUGGAUUAUUUAGUAAUUGUAAACCUUUUUCACAAAUUACUGAAUUGAUUAUUGGUGCAAAUAUAGAUCCAUUAAUUUUGAAUCAAUUAUCACAAUUAUGUCAAAAUAUUAAGAGACUCAAAUUAAUUGAAGUUACUAUUAAUCCAAAUCAAGAAAUGGUUAAUUUAGUAAAAGUUCAAAAUAAUCUUAAUUAUUUGAACUUUAUUUCUGAAAAGACUAGUAGAAAAAAAAACAAUCAACACAUAGUUUCUUUUAUAAAUGUAUUGAAAUUGAAAUCACAAUCUAUUAUUUCACUUAAUUUUGAAAAUGAACUUGCAAUUAUUUUGAAUAUAUUACCUUAUUUUACUCAAAAUUUAAGAGAAUUAAAAUUUAAAGUGGAUAAUAGACAUCAACUUUUGGAUAGAUUUCAUUUAGAAUUGAAAUCAAUCAAAUUUGAACAAUUAGAAAUUUUGGAAUGUAAUUUACCUUUUAAGGUAUUUGCAGAAGUAAUAGAAAAAUCUGGUAGUGAAUUAAAAAAAAUUGUUCAUAUAAAAGGUUGUUAUAAUUCUAAAGAAGUUGGAUUUUUAGUUAAUACUAUCUCUUAUAAUUGUUUUAAAUUGGAAUAUUUAUAUAUUGAAAUUAUAGAUACUAAUGAUUUAUUAAAACUUUUAAAUUCUUGUCAAAAUUUAAAA